AAAGAAUUAACCCUUUACCGAUUCCCGGUUUCAAUUAUGAGUCGAUCCUGUUUUUCUCUCUCACACACUCACACACUAAGCAACGAACAAAACAAACAAAACAAAACCACGUUAAACUACAACAACAAGUUGACGUGUUUCGUACCGAAGUCGCCACAUCCUUCUUUCCCUCCCUCAGUUUUUAUUUUUUCUUCUUCUCUGUCUUCUCUCCCAAUUGAAAAUCCCACUUCCUCUCCCCACAAAAUCCAAUUUGCCCAUAAAGAGUAAUUACUCAAUCCGAUUCUCUUCUGGCACAGCUUUUAAUUUUUUGGUUGCAUUAACGUCACUGAAUUUGCUUCGAAAAUCCGCAACACCCGGGGAUUAUAAUUAGAUAAUGACAGACAACAACGCUGAUGAUAUCAUCAUCACACCGCCGGAUGUAAUUUUUAUCUCUCUGUUUCGCCGGCAUUAAUUGUACUCUCUUUUCUGUUAUAUAAAGGAGGGAGAUAGAAUUCUGUUUUCUUUGCUUUUCUCUGUUAUGAAGUUUGGCGGUGGUGAAUUUUUUGGCUCAGAUUUUGUGUCUCCGCGUAUGAAUUAUGCGUUUGACAAAUUCAUCCUCUUGUUUGAUUUAGUGAUUGCCAGAGGGGUUGACGAUGUUGAUGGGAAACCCUGACCAUGAAAAAUUUGUUUUCCCCUUAACCAGCUUGCAAAUUGGGUAAUUUAUUUUUUCUAACUAAUUUUUUUUUGGUAAUUUUCUUUAAUUUGCUGAUGUGUGUCGCUUUGUAUGGAUGUGAUGCGGGUUUUUUUUUGUUUUCCUUCUUCUGUCUUGUGAGUGAUUCUGUUAGGAUGAGUUUGCUAGCUCUUUUCUUCUUUAGAAUUAGUCAUAUUGUAAGGUUGCUGCGACUUACUCCUGUAGAAGGGAAAAUUUUGUGUUUCAGAGUUCCAAUUGUAUGAUGAUGAUUGUACUUCUAAGGUCCUAAUGUGUCAUAAUAAAGAAUUUAGAUUGUCUUUCUUGUGUCUUUCAGAUAUUAGAAAGAUUGCUGCACUGUUAUUUGGUUGGAAAUAAAGAGUUCAUUAAUGGUCCCUUUUGUUCUUUCAGACAUCGAUAGAAUGUUAGGUUACAAGUUUCAAACUCAUGUCCCUUGUGAUGUUUGAUUUUUUUCUUUUUAUUUAUUUAUUUUCUUUUUAAAUGUUUGGUUGGGUUGUUUCCUUUUUCAAAUUGGCAAUGACUUGUUUUCCAUGAAAAAUGAGUUGGUUUAAGGUGAAUGGAGAACCAUCUGUGGGUUAAGGUUGAUAUGUUUUGUGAGUGCUAUAAAGUUUUGAACCUUUGAGAAGAACAUAUGUCGUUUACUUUGAGACUCUUUCGGCUAUAUACUUGCAUCUUGCAGGGACUUGCAGUCAUACCUUUCAGAUCUUAGCCUCUUUCUUGCUCCUGAGAGUAAGAAAUUCUAUGUUCUUGUGGACAAUAGGCCAUGGUUGAAGGAUUUAGUUUCACGGCCUGCACAUUUGUGGCAAUUGAUGGUGACUAAGUCUAGGUUGUCCCCGUUUGCAAAUACUAGAGGCCGGAAAGGUAGAAAGAUGACAUCUGAAGUGAGUUCGUUCCAUACAGGUCCAGUAUCAAGCUCAAGCACAUCAAAGACUAAAAGAUGGUUCUCACUGGUUGAUGCUGCAACUUUAUCUCAUCAGAGGGCCUUACUACCUGUUAAAAGGCUGAGGCAUUCAUUUUUGCUGAAUAACAAGUUGCGCAGAACAUUGUAUGGGUUUAUUGUCUUUGAAGUUGCUUGGAAGGACGUUCGUGGUUUAAACUACUUAAAUGAGCUUCAGACCGAUACUUCGCUUGCUAUUGAGGCCAAAUUUAUGAAUCGGUGGGAAUUUGAUAGUAUUGCACAAGCUGCUAGAUGCAUCCCUACCUGGUUUCCUGGUACUUGCAAUGAACAGAAAAUUUUGAAGGAUUAUCUGGACUCAUCAAUAGGCGAGGUAUUUCAUGAUGCUCGAGAAAAUUUUCCUAGUGGCAGUUGUACAGAGGAUUUUACUGGAAAUGACCCUAGUUAUCGCAGUGAUGUUUCUAACCCUGGAUCCAAUUUCAGUUUAUUCACGAAUAGAAUGGAAGAUGAAGUGUAUACAAUACCUCCAUCUGAUGGUCCUUGUAAGAGAAGAAAACUGAUGAAAUCUAUGAAUGCGGACACCGAAUUUGACUUGUUUUCUGAUGAUAACAAUUCUGAGAGUGUUGCUUCCCCAGUGUGUUCUCCCGGGUCCCAUGCCAAUGACCAUGAAGACAUAGUUGAACCUUCGGAGUAUAGGGAUGUCUUGAUAUUAUUUCGGUUUAAUGAUCAUGACCUCCCUUUCAGACUGAAGGAUAUAAUUGUUUCUGAUUUGAGAUUACUUACAUUAUUGGAAGCUGGGCUUCCGUCUUGGGUUCUUUUUCUUCAGUCGUAUCCCGUAUUUUGUCAUAUUUAUCGUCCCUGGAUGUGUCCUUUGGCUAGAGCUUUAUAUGUGUUUAUUUCAGUUGUUACUGUGCUUAUUGGGUUCUAUGACCUUUACAAAAAUGUACCUCUUCUGAAGGCAACCGCUUCUCAUUUGUUUGGCCCCCUUUUUGAUUGGAUAGAAACAUGGGAAAUGAUAACCAGAAUUAGGUAUUUGGGAACAAUGUUAUUCCUACAUAAUUUUCAAAAGGCUGUCAAGUGGUUUUUGACGAUGACAGGCUCGGUCCGGUCGAUUAUUUCUGUGAUUGCACAGCCAAUGGCUGGACCGUUGCUGGACUUUCUUGAUUUCUUUCUUCCACUCUGGAACAUAUGCAUACAAGUCGUGGAGAGCUUCUUCUCAGUUUUCUGGACGGUGAUUGAAUCAUCCAGCAGUCUUAUAGCGGACCUCACCGAGAUGCUACUCAUGCCGCUGUGGUGGAUCUCAUCUAUUCUAUGGAGCAUUGCUUCGUCUUUCUUGUAUCCCAUGUUCUGUAUUUUAUGGGGGAUAAUCUAUGCUCCAAUCUACUUCGUUCUUGGAUUGUAUGGGCUUUUGGUCUCGGUAUGCUUGUGCCUAUAUGAGUCAUUCAGAGAAACUUGGCAGUUCGUGAGUAGCAUAUUUCAAGUGUCUGGUUUAAAGUCUACCGUAAGCUCAUCUGAGGUUUCAAUAUGGCGUUCUUUAUGGAAUGACUUAUUUUCUCAGGUAAUCUCAUGCCAUGAUCCUCGUUAUUGGAAGCUUGAUAUGUAUGUUACGUGUAUUUAACCACUCACAUAUUAUUUUCUUCCUGUCAGAUUUUCCGAGCGGUUCGAAGCAUUUUAAAUGGUUUUGUUGCUUUCUUUACAGCUUGCAACAGACAUCGGUUAAGGUUUGGCUCCUUACUGGACUGGAUAUUCUUAUUGUGAGAAGAAAAAUUGAAUAAGCAAUUGCUUUCUGGAAGGGGGUCAUUUCGUAGAAAUGACUGUGCUUCAUUUUUCACCUUCUGAUAGGAAUCAAAGAUUUGUGACCAUGUCUUUCCAUUUUCUAUAGUAAUAUUAAAUAUCUUCUUUUUGUCUCUAUGGCCCAUGUUUGCUCUUGGGUGUAUACACUCAAAGAAGCUAGGGAAGGCUAAAGUGGGUACAUUAUCAAGCUAUUACUCUAUCUAUGUUUUUCUUCAAAUAGUUUGUUGUGACUGUCGUUGCUACCCCCAAAAGCCGCUCAUCAGUAGUUUUAUGUGCCUUCUGAUUACAUCAGUGAGGUCUAUCCUGUCAUUCUACUGAAGAGAUUAUGUUGCACUAGUGGAGCUUAGUUAGACAGCUUCAUGGAUUUUUUUGUGCUUAUUUAGAGAAUCAUGUCUAUUUUCUUGCCUUCAACCUCUGUAAUGUGUCUUUUGUGUGAGGCCAUUAUUUUUGGGCAAUUUAUACUGACAUUUUCUCUGAAACUUUGCUUUGGCAGUAUAUAUAAUCAUGGUCAGGAGAUUGUUCGAAGAGUUCAUCAGCCGGUUAAGAGAAAAGAGUUGGACUCCUCAUCCACUAGGAGGAGACUGCAAUUUGAAUCAUCAAGUCCCCAGGGGCAGACAUCUGGAACUCGGAUGGUGAGCUUAUCUGUCCUUACUGGUUUUACGUGAGUGUAACUGUUAUUGUCAAAUAUCCUCAAGAAUGUAGAUGUUUUCAUCCGUACAUCCUCAUAAUUUUUCUCAACCAUAGGAUUCCCAUUGCCCUUGAGUCUGGGUAAUCCAUUACAGAAUCUUUCACUUUACUUCCUGAUGACCCAUAUUAGUUUUAUUGGUUUUUUGGUUGAAUUUCUUCAUUCCUGAUCAUAGACGGCAAUAGUCUUUGCUUUAGAAAUAUGUACCACCGUUGGAUGAUGUGUUUAUAUGUUACUAUGAAGGGAUAGGUUGCUUCAUUUUCUCUGUUGGCUACCACGUUGGUCAGAUAUAAUUGCUGUUAAACGAUGCGUACGAUACUAAGUUGGAGGAUGUCUUAGAUUUGUAGCAGAACUUUGUGCUCCAUUUUAUUCAUAGAUUUCAACAUUGCUAAAUUAUUCACCAUUGCCAGUAAAUACCAUAGUUUGAGGCGGCUAAGAGUGUUUGUAUUUCUUUCUUCUUUCCCUUCAUGGUCGCUUCUUCAUUUGUCUUGUCAUUAAGUUGUGUCCUGAUCCGCUCAUGGAUGUCAGCAUAACAAGUGCAAGGAAUUUUUAUUUCUGUCUUGUGCUUCACUUCAAUGCAGCCAGAAAAUAAGGAUGACAGUCAGAACGUGCGGAAAUUGAGGAAGGAUUGAUGGUAAUUCAGUGCAAUCCGGCAUCACAUGCAUUUUGUACAGAGGACAUUAAGAAACUCCGUCAAAGGCUAUGUUGGUCCUAUUUUAAGAGUCACAUAUUCGGGCUGGAUAUGGUAUUGGAUCGUUCUCUGAUUUGGAAGCUCAUGAUAUGACAUGCUUAACUACGGGACUAGACAGUGUCCAUCUCACCUGUGGGGUGGGUUCUACUUGUGGGUCUUGGUAAAAUGGUGAGCCCACCUUUUGCUUGAGACAGGAACCGGGGUCCCUGUCUUGCCUCACACCAGAGUUUCCUAACUAGAUAGUUUUACAUUGUUACUUGGUCUCCUCCAAAGUUAAUUGUAUAGAGUAGACGGACAAAGAGUUGUCUGUAUUCAGCUAAAUAGGUCUUAGAGAGAGAAAUUAUCCUCCAAAGUUACUAUAAUGAUACUAAGAGGAUUGAAGAAUUGUACUGCGGAUAUAGAAUUCAGGUAAAUAGCUUCAUAGCCCGAUCCCGAAAUCAGAUAAUGUAAUGUAAGUAUGUCUGUAAAUCCUUUUAAUCGGGAAUGGUGUAGAUAUAUAAAUAAUUACAUAUAUACUUCAGUUGUAUGAUGAAUUGUCAUGGACAUUAAAGAGGUCCUAGGAACAUUUCCAAAUCUAAUGUUUGUGUAUUGCGCUGCAUACUUGAAAGAAACCAAACUUGUGGAUGAAACUAGCUUGAUUUUAUUUGAUUUUCAA